AACUAAUUGGGCCUUUUUGGGCCCUUUGUUGGAGAUUUGAUUAUUAUUGACCUAACCCAAAUGAAAACAAAAAAUCUUCCCUGAAAUUCACUUCCACAGCGGAACAGCGAAAAAACCUUCUUCUUCGACCUCGAUGGAGGGUAAGCUUGCUGAAGAACUUUAUGGUGAAAGUUUACAAUUGUCAAAAUUAGAACUCACAUCCAGCAGUGCUGAAAAUAAUGAAAAAAUGGCAAACGAUUAUGAUGGUGAUGAUUUGAGUUUGUGGGAUGAUUCUGAUGACAAGUUGGAUAGUUCGUCGGAUUUGGAAAGGGAGUGGCAGAGGAGGCAUGAACAAUUCCAUACGAUUGGGUAUCGAGAUGGACUUAUAGCGGGGAAGGAAGCUUCUGCACAAGAAGGUUUCAAUAUCGGUUUCAAACAAUCGGUUCUUGAUGGUUACAGUUGGGGUGUUGUAAGAGGUGUUACCAGUGCUUUUUCUCAUCUUCCACAUCAAUUAAAAGAGAUGUUGAUUGAAACACAAGAGAAGAGGAAUGAAUUCCAAGGGCUGUAUGAAUCUGUGCAUUCUUUGUCAACAACAGAUGCUCUUAAAUUGUUUAGUGAAGAAAUCAAAGAACAAGAAGCUUUGAAACAGAGUGAGCACUUAGAAGUUAGCCAUCACACAGCUCGUUUGCCAGAGCAGCCUUCCCAUGGCUCUCAACUGAGAAACUACCACGGUCAACUUGAAUCUCUGCUUCAUGAUUCUCCUGCCAUUGGUAUUCAUUUAUCUGAACCAAAAUAAAAUGGUGAAUUUGUGAUCUAUAAUUUUGUGACACACUUUAGCAUAGGAUGAUAAGAGCUUCUUUGUAGAACAUGUUUUCCAUUUUUAUUGUAAAGACAGAUCAAUUGAUGUAAUUGUUUAGUUAUAUUAAUAGAAGUUGUUAUGUGCAAUGUAAACUAAACUUUCAA